AGAGCCUGUUGUGGCUGCUCCUCUUCCGCUUCCACUGGAGCUCAACUUCUUGCUGCUGCACUAAUCAUUCCCGAGGACCAUCUCUCUCCAGAAAACAUGAAUAUCAUCCUGUCCAGGGACAGCCAAGUGAAGAUGAUGGAAAACGUGGUCACCAACGCAGAGACGUACUUCGGCAAGUUCUGCACACUGAUGGCAGCUUACACCCGCAAGACAGCCAAGUUACGGGACAAGUCCGACCUGCUGGUGAAGCAGCUGAUCGACUAUGCCAACACGGAGAACCCCGAGCUGCGAACGACCAUGAGAAACUUUGCAGAGGAGUUGGCCAAAGUACAGGACUACAGGCAAGCCGAGGUGGAAAGACUGGAAACCAAAGUUAUUCAGCCACUGAAGGCGUAUGGCAUACUCAUCAAGCAAACGAGGGCUGAGAUCAAGAAGUUCAACAAUGCCCGAAACAAUGAGAUAAAGCAACUAGAGAAACUGGAGAAGAUCCGACAAAGGUCACCGUCCGACCGACACAUGAUUUCACAGGCAGAGUCAAAUGUACACAAAGCCUCAGUUGACGCCAGCAGAACCACCCAUCAGCUCGAAGAGACCAUUGAUGAGUUUCAGAAGCAGAAGCUGAAAGAUAUUCAGAAGAUUUUCUUGGAUUUUGUCACCAUCGAGAUGGUCUUCCACGCCAAAGCUCUCGAGGUUUAUUCCAACGCCUUCCAAAAUCUUCAAGGCUAUGAUCUUGAGAAAGAUCUGGAGGAUUUCAGAGCAAAAAUACAUAUUGCUUCUGGAACCUUCAACGAGGCACGACCAGUCACUGCCACCAACCCGUCCCACAGUCUCCCAUGGUCUGCAGGCACCCAGAGCGUUCAAAGCACACUUCAAAAGCUGAAACUUGUAGAGAGCGACGAAGAAUCUGAAGAGAACCAGCUGGAAGAUUUCAGCAGCCCUGAAAACACCCAGCUCCCGUGGGGAGCCGGCAGCACCAGAUGAUAACCAGCACUUGGGAUCUUGGAAUCAUGUGGUUGGGUUGUUUUUAUGUCUCUGUUUCCCCCUUGAGCAUCACAUUUUCUAUACAGGUCUUCCAACGAGUCAUCACAGCUCCUGCUUCCAUAAGAUUGUUUUUUCAAAUAAUCCAUACAAAUAAAAUACAAUUUGAACUUUCAA